CUCAGGCAUUCAAAAUAUAAAGUUCUUCACUCAUUUUCCAAGUAAUGUCAUCCACAACAAACAAAAGCUUUCUGGUGUGGUCUGUACCUUUAACCAGUUUGCUAAAUGCAGUAGUAAACACCCUUCUAAACAGGAAGUUCUACAUCUUGUGAUUAAGACAGUUACGCAAAUCCAAACAUUUCCUAAGUUCCUCUUCCUUCAAGAAGAUUCAUUUCCACAGAGAUACAAGAAAUGGCAUCUUUCAACAAAUUAAAAAAUGUGCUAAUGCUGGUGUUUGACUGGAUCCUGUAUGGUGCUGGUGUUGCAGGUCACUGCCAAGUCACUGUAACACAGCCCAGGUUUCAGCAAGCUGACUCCUCCAUGAACGUGUCUCUGACAUGCACUUUCUCUGCCUCUGGAUGCUCCUCGUCCCCACCUGAAGUUCUGUGGUUUCGCUUUUUAACUAAUACACAUCAGAAGUUGUGUACUCCCGGAUGCACAGAUCAUCAGAAGUACAAAGUACACUCAUCAAACAAUAACAUCUUACUUCAGAUAAAAAAUCUGACUGUAGAUGACAGCGCUGUUUAUAUCUGUGGAAUAGCAUUUUCAGACUCAGAUUCACCCCUUUCUAAACAAACAGGAGAUGGAACAGUACUAACAGUAACAGGAUCAGGGAAGCAGCUCAGCAAAGGAAAACUCAUCUCCAUGAUCAUCACCUCCUCCUUACUGUUCCUGUACAGCUCUGCUGUGCUCACUUCCUUUGUGAUCUACAAGUUAAAACCAAAGCUGCUAAAGAAAAGUAGGAAAGACCAAACAACAGAGAACUGUAAAAUAAAUAGCGGCCGAAAAAUUUUUCAAGCAAUUGCUCAAGAACUUCAAAAGCAGAGAUAUGCUCAACACUGGCAACAGUCUGAUGAUUUGGAAGAUGACAGUGUUUAUCAGAACAGAUGAGCACGUGCAGCACUUCAGAUUUGUUCAACAGUUCUCCUGCAUGCAAAGGAGCAGGUGAGGAAGUUAAGCUUCUUCACAGACUUCCUUUGCUUUAAAGGAAGAGGAGAAAACCUUGCAGGGCAGUGUUCUUUGGGAGUAUAUUCUAAACAAUCACCAGAACCAAGUGCAUUGUACCUUACAUCUGUGUUACCUAUUCCAUUUUCCAUUUCCAAGAACCCUGGGAAAAGACUUCAUCUUUGUAAGAUAACUGCUGAUGCAUCAUAAAAAUUUCCUUUUUUAGUUUAAAUUUAAUUCUAUCUUUUUUUUUCUCUUUACAUCAACUUUUAUGUAUUCCUGUUACACAAAACAGGAUGUGAAAAAUGUUUGACAAUUGAC